GUCGCGAACAGGAAGCUGCGCGUGCCCGUGAACUGGGGAGCGGAUCGCGACGCGUUUAACGUUACGGACCUUUUUUCAUCCCUUUGAAGGGAUUCACGGUGAAAUAACGGGGGCGAACGGAGCAGUCUUGCUCAAACGAGGCAAGAUCCAGACCUUAUUCUCUGUCUUUUGAUUUUCAAGACCCUCUUUUGCGCUCGGUUUUUGGUUUUCGUGUCUAAAGAAGGGCGUGUGGUUUCCCGGAGAGAGAGCUGGUGCAUGUUGAUUUAAACGGUUCGGAUCGUCGCGAGGAUGGGCUGCACGUUAAGCACGGAGGACAAGGCGGCGAUGGAGAGGAGUAAAAUGAUCGACAGAAACCUGAGAGACGACGGAGAGAAAGCGGCCAGAGAGGUCAAACUCCUGCUGCUCGGUGCUGGGGAGUCUGGGAAGAGCACAAUAGUCAAACAAAUGAAAAUCAUCCAUGAGGCAGGCUACUCGGAGGAAGAGUGCAAACAGUACAAAGCUGUUGUCUACAGCAACACUAUUCAGUCUAUCAUCGCCAUCAUUCGUGCCAUGGGGCGACUCAAGAUCGAUUUCGGAGAUGCAGCACGAGCGGAUGACGCGAGGCAGUUGUUUGUGUUGGCGGGCAGCGCUGAGGAGGGUUUCAUGACAGCCGAGCUGGCUGGAGUGAUAAAGCGUUUGUGGAAGGAUGGAGGAGUGCAGGCCUGUUUCAGUCGAUCCAGAGAGUACCAGCUCAAUGAUUCUGCUGCAUACUAUCUGAAUGACUUAGACAGAAUAUCGCAGGCCACCUACGUACCCACACAACAGGAUGUGCUGAGGACCAGAGUCAAAACCACAGGCAUCGUUGAGACACACUUCACUUUUAAAGACCUCCACUUCAAGAUGUUUGACGUUGGGGGUCAAAGGUCGGAGAGGAAAAAAUGGAUCCACUGUUUUGAAGGUGUAACUGCCAUCAUCUUCUGCGUGGCACUGAGUGAUUAUGACCUGGUGCUGGCCGAAGAUGAAGAGAUGAACCGAAUGCAUGAGAGCAUGAAGCUGUUUGACAGCAUCUGCAACAACAAGUGGUUCACGGACACAUCUAUCAUCCUGUUCCUCAAUAAGAAAGAUCUGUUUGAGGAGAAGAUCAAGAGGAGCCCACUCACCAUCUGCUACCCAGAAUAUGCAGGGUCAAAUACAUAUGAAGAGGCCGCUGCCUACAUUCAGUGUCAGUUUGAAGAUCUGAAUAAGCGGAAAGAUACCAAGGAGAUCUACACUCACUUCACCUGCGCCACCGACACCAAGAACGUGCAGUUUGUCUUUGACGCAGUGACCGAUGUCAUCAUCAAGAACAACCUGAAGGACUGCGGACUGUUCUAGAAGCUGGCCUGGAUCUGGUGAAAUUGAAGCCAGUUUUGAUGUGCAUUUUGUUGGAGAAAGAUUACAAGACCAAGUAUGGAGAAAAUUAGUCUUGGACCAGUGCUGUACAUUAUGCCACUUUUGACAGCUUUAUUUAUGGUUUUGUCUCUGGAAAUGUUAAAACGUAGCAUUUAAAAAUGAAUGUUCGUAUAGUCCUUUGCUGUCGCAGCCAUGUUGUUUAUUUUUCACCCUGACACAAGUUUCUUUCUUUUAAAUGAGGGAUUUCUUAUUAUUUUGCUUUCUUGCAUCAGAGGAGUUCCCCUUUUACUUGUAAAAUGUUACUUUUUUUUUUUUUUUUGCCUUUACGUUUGUUGCUAUGGGGAGAGAGGAAGAUUGUGCUUCUCAAUCCGGUUUGUUGGUCCUCAUGCCUUCGCAUGCGUUUCUGCAGUCUUUGUCCAUUUGCUUGGGUUUGCCUCCUGAAUAUCUCUCCAACGUGAAAAAAUAUCAUACUGGAUGUUACUAAUCUGAGAGCACAAAUCCUCAUAUGCAUCGAAAGUGAGCGUGUGUGAGAGAGAGAGAGCGUGCGUGUAUCUGUUUGCGUGUGUAUGUGUAUAUAAUACGCCAAUGAAGUGGGAGCUAAUGGUUAAUACAGUGAGCGGUGGUCCAAACCUUCUGAGUCUCUAUGGGAACAAGAGUAGACCAAACGGCCCCUUCAGAUGGAGAUGAGUCCUGUUCAGCUGUCAGGCGCUGAGACGCUCCGCACGCAGGACUUGGAAUCGUUCUCUCAAGCACCUGUCAUCAGACACUGGCCGCCAUUUUAACGGCUUACUGCUUGGAGAAUUACACGUCACCAAGGAACACCAUUGUGAGGCGAAGGGACUGACAAGGGGUUCGGGAUUUCACGGAGAAAAAUAAAACAAUAUGAUAAUGUCUGCUAACAGACAUUUGAGGCAAGCGAUACUGUUGAGUGAUUUUGAAGAAAACUGCCACCUCUGUCUGUGUGUUCUCCAUAUUGGGGGAACAUUUGUACACUCAUUUCCCUUAUUUUGCUAAUAAAAGGCAUUUACUUCCUGA